AUGGCGAAUGCAGAGCCUGCAGCCUGCAUCAAGAUUAUUCACAACGGUAGAGCGCUGAAUGCAAUAGGUCUGACCGAUGCGAUCAAGAAGCAGCUAAAAUUUUACGGUAUCACGGAUUCCAAGGUCGCCGUUGUGGAGCGUCUUUGGGAUCGACAGUACGGCAACCCCAGGGAAAACACACCAUCGCAGGCCCUCAGCAGUCAGCACCCGCAUGUGCGCGUCUUUGCGCAGGCGGACAAGGUCGAGACGCUGUACACGCUCCCCCAGCCAACCGGAGGUUCUGGGCCGGGGGAUACUGCAGCUUGCACUCCUGCGUGUACUAGAGGCAGUGAGCACCGCAUCCUGUAA